AUGAUAAUGCUCCCCCUCAUCCCCAUAAUCUCCCUCCUUAUCUCCCUCCUCUUCCUCCUCAUUCGCCAUCGCAAAUCUAUCCUCUCCGUUUUAUUCUCGCGUCCCAAGCCAGCAGCAGCAGCAGAGAAUUAUACCCGGUUACCAAGCAACGAACCAGAAUAUAGUAAUACUCAUCGAGAAAGUAAUAUCCCCGAAACACCGCUGACCAAAUACUUCGACCCGGAUACCUCCAUCAUCUACAAGGGGAUUCUGGAACCGCCGUCACCGGUUGUUUCCCCCGUUAUACGAGAUUCCCUUGAAGAGGAGAAUAAGGGAUGGAUGGAUAGAAUAGUGGUUUCGCUGGUGGAUUGGAUGGUGGAGUAUGUUCGGGAUGAAAGGUCUUUUUAA